UCGUUAAAAUUGCAUUCACUAUGCCGCACGUCACUAUUUACUUGUUAUUUAUUUCAUUAACAUUGGCUUUAUGCAGCCCCGUAAAUCAAGAAAACUGUAGUGAAAAUAUCGUAGAAUUAAACGCUACAGAAUCAGAAGAAGGUAUUGAUGAUGUGAACGGCAAUACAACUAAACCUUCAAGAUCUUGUACAACAAACGUAUUGGAAGAUAAUUUGUCGCCGAGUUCCAGUCAAAGCCAAGAACAUGAACCACAAAAUCUUCCUGAUAUAGGAAAAGAAUAUAGACACGUUUUGCUUAACGUUGGACCAGCGUACCAAAGUGAUACGUCAGGAAAUUUAAAAUCAAUGGGAGUAGAAGUGAGUAACUCCAGAGGUGUCCUGUAUCCUCACGUGCAUUCAAAGCUUUUUGCCAUGUACAAUGCUGGCUACAACGUGAACUAUCUACCUCCAGUGCAUUCUACAUAUAUUCAUGGUUUGGUCCCUGAAGAAGAUCUACAAAAAGCUAAUUAUGAAUUGGACGUGUUAACUUCCCAAAAUGCGAUGUUCACGCCGGAGCAAAUCAGAAUGACAAGGAUGAUUCAUUCGCAAGAUGAGGAAAUUUUAGCUCAGUUGCAACAUGACGCAAUAAUGAAAAAUAUAUUGCCCAUGAUGCCCGUUCCGUCGGCUCGGUUGGCCGCGGCGUCUACGAGUCCCUCUUCUACAUAUUCGUACGAUUCUGCACCGGCUAUAGCAGUGUUCCCAUAUGGAGCUGGAGGUGGCUGCGCUCAACCCAUCCUGCUAAGUUGUAGUCCAAAAAUUACCUCAGGUACUUUGCAGCCACUGGCUCCAAUUAAGAGUGCAGUUGCCACCUCACCAAUAGCGUCAUCAGCUUACAGGCAGCCAGCGACGGACCAUGAGAGUAAAAGUGACCAUAAACAAAGUUCUCCGGGCAAAGUGAAUUUAAGCUCUUAAAUAAGCCUUAAUUAUACUUAUUAUGUCUAUAUAAAAUAAUCUUACCAGUGAAAAUAAAUACAAUUGAAAUAUCUUUGUGAGUGUUAUUCUAUUAAUAAG